AUGGAGCUCACUGAGAACGCGAAGCCAAACUCAUUAAAGAGAAGCUUCGAUAGCUUCAAUUCGUCCCAGCAUGAAACUACUGAACCCAUGGAUACAGACACUGCCUUUGCACCCAGCGACUAUGAUAUGAAGGUGUUUGAAGUGGCAAUGAGAAGGAAUACUAUAGCACUGAUCGAUGCUGGGCCGAGGAAAAAUUUGUUUGUGGCCCGGAUCAUAAGAGAAAUUGGGAAAUCUUUGAAGGAUAAUGCUGGUGGCAAAAGGCUGAUUGUUUUCUUGGUCCCUACGCAAUAUGAGGAGAUAAAAUCUCGUACAGAGCUUCAUGUGGAUGAAUACUAUGGAGCUCGAGGGGUUGAUGGGUGGACCCGUGAAAACUGGGAGAAAGAAAUCCAUGAGCAUGAUGUGCUAAUUAUGACUCCUCAAAUUUUCUUGAAUGCUUUGAGGAAGUCACUACUCAGUUUCAAAACAUUUUGCUUCAUUAUCCUUGACGAGUGUCAUCGAGCUACAGGCAAACAUCCUUACGCAAGAAUAAUGGAGGAAUUCUAUCAUAAAUGUACUAAAAGACCUAAGAUCUUAGGGAUGACUGCCUUGUCGAUGAUCAGAAAAGGCUUCUCGCCCAUUAAUAACUCCAAGGAGCAUAUAGUAAAGCUUGAACGUCUAUUGGAUUGCCGGGUAUAUAUGCUAGAAGACGAGGUUGAAGUUGAGGAAUGUAAACCCACAAUCAAGCCAAUAUGUAGAUUUUAUGAACCAAUGCAGCCUGCCUAUUUGGAAUUGAAAGCAAAAUUGCAAAAUUCAUGGUCUAAGUUUGAUGCAGUUUUGCUUGGGUUGAAAAAGUCUCUGCCAGAUCAGUACACAGAAAGGAGCAGUGAAUAUAAACAGCUGCUGGAAAAACUGUCCAAUGAGUACACUGGAGUUCUGUUCUGCCUUGAGAAUCUGGGCCUACUAUGUUCUUAUGAGGCUGUCAAAGUCUGCAUGGAAACUGCGCCAGCAGUUCAAGAAGAAUGUGAGGUUUAUAAGGAAAGUCUUGUGGAAUAUGAAAAAUUUCUUCAGGAGGCUCUGUUAAUAAUCGAAGGUUCUCACGAGUAUAAGAAGCUUUCAUGUCUUAUGAGUGGCGACACACUAUCUUCUGGCCAAAUAUCUUCCAAACUGCUCGAACUACUUGAACUGAUUAGAUCAUUUGGGAAAGACCAGGAGGCCCUUUAUAUAGUACUUUUUGAAAAAAUAAUAGCUGCUAAAGUAAUUGAAAGAGUGGUGAAGAAAAUUGCCGAUUUUUCCGAUUUAAAUAUAUCAUAUUUGACGGGGAGGAACUUUUCAACUGAACUUCCAUCAAAAGCACAGAAGGUCAAUCUUUUAUUCUCUACUGACAUUAUCGAGGAGGGAAGUCAUGUGGGUAAAUUUUCCUCAGUAAUUUGCUUUGAUUUGCCAAAAACUGUUGGUAGUUAUGUUCAAUCGAGGGGAUUAGCUCGUGAGAAGGAUUCUCAGUACAUCAUCAUGCUUGAGAGUGCUCUUAUUCAGGAGCCGAAAUUCGAGUCCUUGAUGGAUGGGAACUUGUAUAGAUGUAAACUGAUUCUACCUCCUAAUGCGGCUUUUGAAACUGCAAUCGGUCCUUUGGCUCGUAAAUUCGAUUUGUCUAAACAGCUGGCUUGCUUGGAAGCGUGCAAGAAGUUGCACAUGAUGGGAGCCCUUGAUGAUCAUCUGGUUCCUUGCUAUGAUUUGUCUUCAUACAAGGACUGUGCUUCAAAUGAAAAAUCAUCAAAUUCAGGGGCAGGAACAACAAAGAGGAAGGAAUUGCAUGGCUCUGUUACCGUCCGUAAUUUGUCUGGAACUUGGGGAGGCAAACCUAAUUAUGCCAAAUUUCAUGCAUACAAAAUGGACUUUUGUUGUAGUAUUGCUGAGCAAAGAUAUUCGAGUUUUGUACUUUUACUGGAGAUGAAGCUAGAUGAUGAUGUAGGGAAUCUUGAAGUGGAUCUUUACUUGCUAUCAAAAUCUGUUAAAGCUAAUGUUUCUUCAGUUGGCCAAGUGUACCUGAAUCCUCAACAGAUGGAGAACGCAAAAUGCUUUCAAGAACUGAUGUUUAACGGUUUGUUUGGGAAAUUGUUCGUCAAAUCAUCGGGAGAAAGAAAAUUUUUACUUCAAACAGAGGAAUCGUUGUGGGACCCGUCAAACAUGUAUUUACUCUUACCGCUUGAUGACGAAAAUGCCACUGGUGGACAACCAUCGCAGAUCAAUUGGACUGGAAUCGAGUCAUGUGUUUCAGCUGUGGAGUUUUUGACUAAAAAUGCUCUACUGGAUUUUAAACAGCCCAAAACGAACGAUGAUCCUGAUUCAUCGGUUAAUAUAACUGACUUAGUCGUGAAUGAUUCAGAUUGUGAUGUUAUUCACUUGGCGAACACAUCUGCUACAGCCGAUGGCCUCAAGGAAAUGGUGGUUGUAGCCAUUCAUACUGGAAGAAUUUAUUCUAUUCUGAAUACUGUUGAUAAUACGUCUUCUAGAAGCCCGUUUGAAGGAGAUGUUGAUCUGGAGUAUUCAUCAUAUGCUGAUUAUUACAACAAGAAGUACGGCAUUGUCCUCAAGUACCCAGAGCAGCCGUUAGUUCUUCUAAAGCAAAGCCAUAGCUCACAUAAUCUUCUUGUGGACUUUCAAAAUGAAGGUCCCCUGUCGAAAAACAAGACGAAAGGUGGCAAAAAAGUUACCGAGAGGAAGCCACAACAACAUGCUCAUAUGCCACCGGAACUUCUAGUUUCUAUCAAUAUCCGAACAGAUAUUUUAAAGCCAUAUUAUUUGCUACCUUCUCUGAUGCAUCGGCUGGAGUCUCUAAUGCUCGCCAGCCAGCUUAGGGAGGAAAUAUCACGCCAAGCUGGCAAUAUCACUAUAACAAGCUCCUUGGAUUAUGUACGGGAUGUCCCGUUUGAUUCCCGCCGUUGGACAGCGCCAGGUCAGCGCUCGAUAUGGUCAUCCCCAUGCAAACAUGGAGUGGAAACUGCUGAGGUCCCUCUAAACGACAGCAAAUUUUGGAGUGACGAUAUAAAACUUAUGCUCGGGAAGCCUUGCGAUAUGGGCCACCGUUGGAUUUCCUCGAAAACCGUGUCUGAUUGUGUGGAGGCUCUCAUAGGUGCAUAUUACGUGGCCGGUGGUUUUAGUGCCGCCUUUUGUUUCAUGAGGUGGCUCGGGUUUGAAAUCGAAACCGAGCACUCGUUGGUAAAGAAGGCUGUUUGUGCUAGCUCACUGUAUUCUCAUGGGCCUAGAGAUCAGGAGAUUGGAGCCCUCGAGUCGAAGAUUGGAUACGAGUUUGAGACAAAAGGGUUGCUGAUAGAGGCUGUAACACAUGAGAGUGAGCGCGAGCAAGGUUUUUGCUACUCGUACGAGCGGCUCGAAUUUCUAGGCGAUGCCGUGUUGGACGUGCUUAUGACAUGUCAUCUUUACGAAAACAAUAAAAACGUCGAUCCCGGGAUGUUGACUGACUUGCGUUCUGCAUCUGUUAAUAAUGACAACUUUGCCCUUGCUGCCGUACGUUACAAUCUUCACACGCACAUUCGGCACAGCUCAUUGCAUAUCGAUGAUCAAGUAUUAUCAUUUUGUGAGUCUGUGUCCCGCAUGAGUACCGUGGUCCUAACUCCAGAUAAUAAAGCCCCUAAGGUACUUGGUGACUUGGUGGAAAGCAUAGCAGGUGCAGUGCUAAUCGACUCAAAACUCGAUCUUGAUAAAGUCUGGAGAGUCUUCAAACCACUUUUAUCACCGAUUGUGACUCCCGAUAAGCUCGAACUUCCUCCCACUCGCGAGCUUAUUGAAUUAUGCGACUCUCUCGGCUACUUCAUCAAGGAGCAUAUAGCAAGAGGAGAAAUCAUGCAUGCUGUUCUAAAAUUACAACUUGAGGACGUGCUUUUGGAGGGCCAAGGCUCGGGACCCAAUAGCAAAGCCGCAAAGGGAAUGGCAGCAAUUCACUUACUCAAGGAGUUAGAGUCGAGAGGAAUCAAAUCUUCCAAAUCGAGGCAAGAGUUGGAAAAUGUGGAUGGCCCAUUAUCCCCAAGCUCGGCUGAUAAUAACAUAUCGUGUGGAUCUGCCAUGGAAAAGCAGAAACAACUUCAAUUGCAGCCGACGAUAAAAGUAACGAGUGAUAUCGAGAAUGCUGAUAUCCCAGUUUUGCCGCCUAUUGAGAUGAAGAAAGGAGGACCACGAAUCGCGCUCUAUGCCCUCUGCAAGCAACAACAGUGGCCAAUGCCUACUUUCGAGACUACAGAGCAAAAGUCGAGAAAACCUGUCAUCCACAGGACUCCCAUGCAGCUUGGCGACACGAUGGGUUUCAAUAGCUUCGAGUCGAGAAUAAGCUUAACCAUACCCGAUUUUGGGAAAAUCGAGCUCACUGGAGAGGCAAGGGCCGAUAAGAAGAGUUCUUAUGAUACAGCUGCAGUUUUGACGCUUCAUGAACUCGAGAGAAGGGGGAAGAUCACAAUAGCAAAGUCGAAUUAA